CGUGGGAGGGCUGUGGGGGGACGUGGGCGUUCGUGGGGGUCACGGCGUGGGGCUGCCGUUUCCCCGUGGCCCCUCACGGGCCGCGCCCAGGUAAGCCCACGCCUGACCGUAGUCAGCCCCACCAUGCCGGGGGCGCCGCCACCCUCGUGGCCACCCGCCCCUUCCUCGGCGGGACGAAGGUGGGAGCAGCCCCGGAUCCCCGUCCCUCUGCCGGGGUGGGAACCUCUGGGUCGCUUGUCCCCUGCCACGGUGACCCUUCGGCAGGUCCCGGCGUGGCCGAGCCGCCCGUGAGGGCCUGAGUCCCGGCGCUGACACUGGUGACAGUCCCGGUGUUACACCGGUACCGUCCCGAUACGGUGCUGGCGCUGACCCCGGGGCGCUCCCGGCGCUGGCACCGGCUCGUUCCCGUUGCGGGUCCCGGCACGGUCUCGGGGCCGUCCCGAGGGCGGCGCUUCCCGCAUCAGUUUCUGUUUCUCCGCGGGUAAGUUUCUGGUCAAGAAAUGGAGGAGACGCCCAGACGCCCCUGGCAACUCGUCCGGAGCCGUCCGGCAGCACCCCCGGAGCCGUCCGGCACCAUCCGCGGAGCCCUCCCGCAUCACCCUCGGAGCCCUCCCGUAGCACCCUCGGAGCCCUCCCGCAGCACCCCCGCGCACCCCCGGCACCUUUCCCGGCGGUUCCCAGUGCCCGACCCGUCCCUGCCGGGGCCGUCCCCGGUGCCAGCGGCUCCCCACACCCGCGCCGUAGAGUGGCCGUGCCCCACGCACGGCCCCAGCGCUGCCCCAGGGCAGGUGAGUGGAGCCGGGGCCGGCCGGGACCGGGGGCACAGCCGCCAUCCCCGCACUCCCCGCUCCCACAGCAACCCCGUUCCCCUCACCCUCCCUUUGGCCGCGGCCCCGCGGCCUCACGUCCCUGUCCCUGCGUGGGCCGAUGCCACGCCACGUCCCCCCGUCCCGCCGGGGCCUCUCCCCACCCCGCACCCGGUCCCGCAGCCCCAAGCGCUGGCGGUCGGCGAGCCCCGAGGGGGACUGGGAUGCCCGGUAUAACGGCUGGCGGGCCCCAGAGCUGGGGUACAGCAGGGAGCCCCCUGACCUUCUGGGCAGCCUGGAGCGGCUCUGCGACCGCAGCCCCAGGCAGCUCCUGCCCUUCCUGCGGGACCACGCGUUGGAACUGGGCCAGCUGCUGGCUCGCCAGGACCUGAGCCCAGCCCAGGUGUACGCGCUGCUGCGGGCCCUCGGGGCCGUGCUGGAGCACGGGGGGCUGCGGCAGCCCUCCACGCCCCUCCUGGCCCUGCUGCUGACCCGGGAUUUCAUCCUGGGGGACCUGCUGAGGUUCAUCACCGAGCUGGACACCUUCCAGUGCUGGGACGGACAGGUCUCUCAGGAGGUGGUGGGGGACACAGUGGCCGCUCUCCACCACCUGCUGACCGCCUGCCCCAGCCACGUGCGGACGCUGCUCUGCUACCCCGUCGACCUCCUCUUCUGCACCGUGCAGCGGCUCCAGAGCCGCGGCUUCCAGUUCUCCUGGCUCAUCCAGCAGCGCCUGCACGACGCCAAGCGCCGGGUGGACGCGGCUUUCCCCCACCGCCACCGUCCCGCCGGCGCUUGGCUGGAUGACUUCCGUGAGGUGCCGGUGAUCCCCGCGCCCGAGGAGCUCUUUGGGGAGGCGGAGGGCCGGCUGCGCCCCAACCUGUGGCGCGGGGCGCACGAGAGCGCCGCAGCCUACCUGGACCUGCACUUCCGACUGCUGCGGGAGGAUUUCCUCAAGCCGCUGCGGGACGGCAUCGCGGCGGCGUUCUCCCUCGACGGCAACGACGGGGUGGCGCUCAGCCUCUACCGGGGGGUGCAGCUCCACACCGUGGCCGUCACACCAGCCGGUCCCAUCUACCUGGCCAAUUUCCCACCCCGUGCUGGCCCAGUGGCCGACGAGCGCCUGAAAAGUGGCUCCCUCACCUGCCUCCUCUCCGAGGACUGCUGCCACGUGCUCUUCGGGGUGGUGGCUGGGGUGCCAAAGGGGAGGGCAGCCCACCAGGACUGCAUCUGGCUGCACAUCCAGACCUACAGCCACCAGCAGCUCCUCGCCCACCUGGGGAGAACCACCUUCACCAUGGUGGAGUCCCCGGCCUUCUUUGAGGCGUACCGGCAUGUGCUGGAGGGGCUGCAGGAGCUGAGCCCCGCCGCCGUGCCCUUCAGCCGUUACCUGGUGCACUGCAAGCCCAACAUCCGCCGCCCCGCGCACCUCGGCGCCGACAGGCUCUUUAACCUCAUGCCGCUGCUGCCGGCCGGCGCAGAGAAGGGAGAAGAGCCGGCGGUGGACCUCUCCGCCGUGAGCCUGGACGACCCGGAGAUCUGGUCCCCGAAGACUUUCCCCCACUUGGACGAGUCUCAGCUCGCAGCCAUCCGGCUGGCGCUGAGCAGGGAGUUCAUGCUCAUCCAGGGCCCCCCUGGCACAGGCAAAACCUUCAUCGGACUCAAGAUCACAGAGCUGCUGCUUCGGAACCAGGAUGGGGAGCCCUGGGAGGAGCGGCCGCCCCUCCUGGUGGUGUGCUACACCAACCACGCCCUCGACCAGUUCAUGGAAGGCAUCCUCCAGUUCCAGCCCACCCAAGUGGUGCGCAUCGGGGCGAACUGCCGAAGCGAGAAGGUGAAGGGCUGCUCCCUGCAGCUGCUCCGGCAAAGAGCACCCUGCGGGCUGUUGGGGGUCAGCAGCUGGCGGCAGCACAUGCAGAUGCGGAGCGCCUUGCAGGAGCAGGAGAAGAGCAUCGCCUUCUGCACGGAGGUGCUGGGGCUGCUCCGCCGCGGCAUCCUCACCACCAGCGAGCUGGAGGCAGAGAUUGAGAAGGACGACCUGCUCUUAAAGGGCACUGUGCAUCUGGACAUGCUGCAGUGGCUGCAGGUGCAGACCCCGGUGCCGCCAGAGGACAGGAGCCCGCGGCGAGGCCAGGACUGUGCGGCAGGCACAGAGCGAGGGGCCGGGCGGCACCGGGGGGACCCUGGGGCAGAGGAGAGCUGGGAGAUGCGCGGGGACGAGUGGUGCCUGGAUGAGGAGGAGGAGUUCGACCCGGCCGAGGCUGAGAGAAGAAGAGCCAGGGAGAAGUUCGCCUACAUCAUCCCCGAGGAGGAGGAGGGCCCGCCGGACAUCCAGCUGGCCUGCCAGCUGCAGGACAGCGAUGCCAUGACCGACGCGGAGGUCAGGCGCCUGAGGAACCUCUGGCAGCUCCGGCUCAGCGACCGGUGGCGGCUCUACAGGCGGUGGCUGGGCACCUACGGCGCGGCGCUGGAGGAGGCGCUGGCGCGGCAGCUGGAGGAGUACGAGCAGAGCGCGGCCAAGCUGGCCCAGCACCAGCUCCAGGAGGACCUGCAGAUCCUCAGGCAGAGCCGCGUCAUCGGGAUGACGACCACGGGGGCUGCCAAGUACCGCAAGCUGCUCCAGCACGUCCAGCCCCAGACAGUGAUUGUGGAAGAGGCUGCGGAGAUCCUGGAAGCGCACGUCCUGACCUGCCUCACCACCUCCUGCAAGCACCUCAUCCUCAUCGGGGACCACCAGCAGCUGAGACCCAAACCCGCCGACUACACCUUGGAGAAGAAAUACUGCCUCGGCGUCUCCCUCUUCCAGCGAAUGAUCAACAACGAGAUCCCCCAUGUGCAGCUGCUGUGCCAGCACCGCAUGCGCCCAGAGAUCUCCCAGCUGCUCGUCCCCUUCUUCUAUGAGGUGCUGAGGGACCACCCGGCUGUCAGCAGCUACAAGAGGAUCAAGGGCGUCGAGAGCAGCGUCUUCUUCAUCCAGCACGUGGGGGCUGAGGACCUCAGCGGCCACACCGGCAGCUACAGCAACCGCUCGGAGGCCUCCUUCCUGGUGCACCUCUGCAAGUACCUGCUGGAGCAGGGCUACGGCAAGGGGCAGCUCACCGUCCUCACCCCCUACCGCGGCCAGGUGGCCACCAUCUGGCAGCUGCUGGCCAGGAGGGACAUGGCCGAGGUGGCCGUCUGCACCGUGGAUGACUUCCAAGGGAAGGAGAGCGACAUCGUCUUGCUCUCGCUGGUGCGGAGCAACCCGGAGGGGCGGAUCGGCUUCCUCGGGGACCGCCACCGCGUCUGUGUGGCUUUCUCCCGCGCCAGAAAGGGCUUCUACUGCGUCGGCGACCUGGAGGGCAUCGCCCGGGGCACCGGCGGCUGGCUCUGGGCCGAGAUCCUGGACGCCCUGAAGAGCAAGGGCCUAGUGGGGGACGGGCUGGUGCUGACCUGCCAAAACCACCCCGAGGUGACGGUGACAGUGCGGGACGCCUCCGACUUCAGGCAAAGCCCCGAGGGCGGCUGCACGCACCGGUGCCGGAUAGCGCUGCCCUGCGGCCACCCCUGCCCGCGGUACUGCCACCCGCGCGACCGCGAGCACCGGCGGGUGCGCUGCUGCCUGCCCUGCGCCCGGCCGCCCUGCGAGCGCGGCCACCCCUGCCCCAAGCUCUGCUGGGAGGAGUGCGGCCCCUGCCUCAAGAAGGUGGAGAAGGUCCUGCCCCGCUGCGGCCACCGGCAGCGCUUGCCGUGCCACGUGCCGGCUGAGCACUGGUGCUGCCAGGAGCCAUGCCUGCGGCCCCUCGCCUGCGGGCAUCCCUGCCUGCGGCGCUGCGGGGACGACUGCGGCGGGGACGACUGCGGCGGGGACGACCGCGGUGGGGACGACUGCGGCGGGGACGACCGCGGCGAGGCGGCGGCGGAGGUCCUGCCGUGCAACCAGCCUGCCCGAACCCAUCAGGAGCUGCCUGCUGCCUGCCAGGAGAGCAGCCGGCAGAGCCCGCAGUGAGGGCCUCCC